UUCGCGCGGCUGCGGUAACUGCACUGGCCAAAUUCGGUGCGCAGUGUCCGGAUUUGCGUAAAUCAAUUGAAGUGCUGCUGCAACGGUGCCUGCUGGAUACGGAUGAUGAGGUGCGAGAUCGGGCGACGUACUAUUUGAAUGUGUUGCGAUCGAACGAUACACAUUGCAUUGGGGAUUAUAUCAUCAAUGGAUUGCAGGUGUCAGUGCCAGGCCUAGAACGUGCCGUCGAGCAAUACGUCAACGCGGAUAGUCAUGAAGAAGCUUUCGAUCUUAAGGUGGUGCCGAUAUCGACACAACCGAUAACAGCCACUGAAAAGCGAAAGCCGGCUCUUUCGGUCGAAGCGACGAUCGCGAAACAAGAGGAAAAGAAGGCAACAAGACAGGAUAUUUAUGCAGAGCAACUUCUACAAAUCUCACAAUUCUCUGGAAUUGGACCGUUGUUCCUUUCAUCGCAACCGAUGGCACUCACUGAUGACGUUACCGAAUACGGUGUAUCUGUUGUUAAGCAUACAUUCGCGAGACACGUUGUUUUACAGUUCGAUUGUAAAAAUACGUUGAACGAUCAACUACUCGAAAAUGUCAGUGUUGAGUUGGAACCUACACCGGAUAGCGCAGAUUGGCGUAUUCUGACAACGGUGCCACUUGAGUCGUUGCCUUACAAUCACCUUGGUACCACAUAUACCCUUAUUGCAAUACCUCAACAAGGCGAUGAUGGU